UUCUUGGAAUAAGGAAGCAAAACAACAUAUGAUUUUCACGUGAUCAUGGAUGAUUCCGAGAGAACUCCGUUGAUUAACAGAAGACCUACUUCGGUAAUAAAUCAAUCAAGUGAGGAAGAUGAAUCUGAUUCUGAAAAUAAACUUAAUUAUGCAACAGAGAAGGUCCUCUCUGGAGAAUAUGAGAGUUUGGAUUAUGAUGAUUGUGAAAAUGAGUUAUACCAAAUGGAGGAGAAAACAAAGUCUGUCAGGGAUAUUGUGGUAAUUGAGAUGUUAAGAUGGUUAGUCAUGUUUUUUGUUGGAGUUCUGACUGGACUGGUGGCAAGCCUCAUUGACUAUUGUGUCAUCAAAUCUACAGAUCUCAAGUUCAGCAUCAUCAAAAAAUAUAUAGACAAAUGUGUGGACGACCAAUGUAUGGAGAUCCCCCUCUUUGUCUGGGCAGGGAUCAAUGGGGGUCUUGUGUUUGUUGCAGCAGUUCUGACAGCCUGCUUUGAGCCUGUGGCAGCUGGAAGUGGGAUUCCACAGAUUAAGUGCUACCUAAAUGGGGUCAAAGUACCACAUGUUGUUCGUUUGAAAACCAUUGUUGUAAAGGUCAUUGGAGUCAUAAGUUCAGUUGCAGGUGGACUCAUUAUAGGAAAGGAAGGACCAAUGAUACAUUCUGGUGCUGUGAUAGCAGCUGGAAUCUCUCAAGGAAGAUCAGACACAUUCAGAAAAUUUGACUUAAGAAUAUUUGAAUUUUUCCGGGCUGACACAGAAAAACGAGAUUUUGUGGCUGGAGGGGCAGCAGCUGGGGUGUCUGCUGCCUUUGGGGCACCAGUGGGGGGUGUGCUGUUCAGUCUGGAGGAGGGAGCUAGUUUCUGGAACCAAGCUUUAGCAUGGAGAAUAUUUUUUGCCUCCAUGAUGUCUACAUUUACACUUAACGUCAUACAAAGCUACAUAAAAGGUCAUCCCUGGGAUCUGUCUUAUCCUGGGUUGUUUAACUUUGGUAAUUUUGAUACAACAUCAUACUCUGCCUUUGAACUUCCAAUUUUUAUAUUGAUGGGAGUAUUAGGUGGGCUUUUUGGUGCUUUAUUUAACCAGUUUAACUAUGUUUUAACUAAAUUUAGGAGAAGGUACAUAAAUAAAGGUAGAGAUCGAGUGAUUGAGGCAAUGGUUGUAGCCAUCAUCACUGCCACAGUUGGUUAUGUUUCCCUGUACUUCAAUAAUAACUGUACUCCCAUGAUACAUGACCAGGACACCAAUACUGUACAGUUUUACUGCAAUGAUGGACAGUAUAGUUCUACAGCCUCCAUUCUAUUCCAGUCUCCAGAAGAUAGCGUCAAAAGUCUUUUUCAUGACGCCAAAGGUACUUAUGCACCAGCCACCCUCAUUGUAUACUGCCUGUGUGUGUUUAUACUGGCCUGUUGGACUUAUGGACUCUACGUACCAAGUGGCCUCUUUAUACCUGGUCUUUUGGUCGGUGCUGCCUGGGGACGACUGGUGGGGAUCUGUCUCAACUAUAUCUUCCCAGAUGUGGGUUGGGUAGAUUUUGGAAAGUAUUCUUUAAUAGGAGCUGCAGCUCAACUAGGGGGUAUUGUACGUAUGACAAUAAGUCUUACUGUCAUCAUAAUGGAAGCUACAGGAAACAUCACGUUCGGUCUACCUAUCAUGAUUGUUCUCAUUGUGGCUAAAUGGGUGGGGGACAUUUUUAAUGAGGGAAUCUAUGACAUGCAUAUCCACAUACAGGGUGUGCCCAUCCUGGGAUGGGAGCCAUCAUCAGUAUUAACAAAUCUUCCAGCCAGAGAGGUGAUGAGUCAUCCUGUGUCUGUGUUCCGAGUGAGGGAGUCUGUUGGCAGAAUCAUGGAGGUUCUUAACAAAGAGACACACAAUGGCUUCCCUGUAGUGGAGAAUUUUAAUCCUGAUAUACAAAGUUCAUCAGAGGAUGGAGAAAUGUCAUUUGGAACCUACAGAGGAAUAAUUUUAAGAUCACAAUUAAUAGUUCUUUUAAAGCAAAGGAUAUAUGGAGAUAAUCAAACUUUGAAUUUGACAACUAAGGAUUUUAGAGAUGCGUAUCCAAAGUUUACUCCUAUCAGACAAAUUAAAAUAUCCCAGUAUGAACGUGACAAUUGUGAAAUGAAUUUAGAGCCAUACAUGAAUCCUGCCGCAUAUUGUGUUACAGAUAAUUCUCUUUAUCCAAGGGUAUUUAAGUUGUUCAGAGCUCUUGGUCUUCGGCACCUUGUGGUGGUCGACAAACAUCACCAGGUUGUUGGAAUGGUGACAAGGAAGGAUCUUGCAAGAUACAAAGUCACAAAAAAGCUUUGGAAAGUCAGUAUGGAGGAACUGUUAAUUUCAACUCGAUGAUCUUCACCAAAGGGAUGGAGGAACUGUUAAUUUCAACUCGAUGAUCUUCACCAAAGGGAUGGAGAAACUGUUAAUUUCAACUCAAUGAUCUUCACCAAAGGGAUGGAGAAACUGUUAAUUUCAACUCAAUGAUCUUCACCAAAGGGAUGGAGGAACUGUUAAUUUCAAAGUGAUGAUCUUCACCAUAAAGUGAUUUUCAGGGACAGAGUAUAUUUAGAACUUCAGUGAAGUUUGAUAAAUCAAUAUGUCACAGUUGGCAUUUACAAAAUGUCAAACUAGUACAAUUUUGAACAAAUGCUUGUGUGUUUGUAUGUUUACAUCUAGUCAUCUACAUUCCACGACCUACGCAAAUGCAGUAAGUGAACCAGCUACACAAUAACUAUCAGUUUCUUAUCUAUAAGU